AUGGCUAAUCAAUUAUUGAAAAAAAGAGCUGCUAACGAAAAGUUUGCUAAGAGAAAUGAGCAACAUAGAAAGUUAGGUAAGAAAAAGUCAAAGUUAGGUUCUUCUCAAGAAAGCACUCCCAUCUCUAAGAUCUGGAUUUACAUUCUAGCAUUUUUAAUUGUUGGUGGUGGUAUUUUAGAAUUAUUCAGUUUCUUCUUCUAA